GUUUGAGUGGUUUGUUUUUCUCCUGUUCAAAGACCCGAAACACGAGAACUUUGUUUGCUUUGCUUUGGCUGGUCAAUAAAUAUUAUGAUGGGGUGCGUUUUGGUUGUCGCCACCAUCGAAUCGGCGAUCCUAAUGCGCCGCAGAUCAAGUUGUUCAAAAGUGGAAUGAUUCGUGUAUUGUGUUCGAAUUGUGAUGAAUGAUGACCCGUCGUCGUUCGGUGUGAUUAUCUCCGACAUGUUGUGCAGCUGAUGCGAAAUACCUACUUGGAAGGUUUAUUUUCGUAGAGCUGACGACAGUGCGGUGGGUUGCUCGCAGUAACGAAUCGAAAGUCAAGUGCACGCGGCGGCAACCAGUUCAGGAUUCGGGACGACUCACAGUCAACUUGAAAAUUGAAAGUGUUUUAUCGGUGAAGACGACGCAGAACAGCCAGAGGGCGAUGCGAGCAUAGUGCCAGAGGUGGGGAACGACAAAACGAGAUUCUGGAGUGCCGAUUUGAUUGAUCGUCGACUUCGUCGAGUGCGUGUGAUUUUUAUUGGCAUUCUACACCGUGGGACGGACCCCUUUGGGAGGCAAAAAAUAGAAGAAUAAAAAACGUGCCUUGUAGUUCUGAGUCUAUGUGAGAAUAAAACAGAAACAUACAGAGCGCAGCAGCAGCAGCAACAGCGGUGAAGUGCAUUGUGUUGGGCCUGUCGGCUUGGAUUGUCAUGUGAAUAAAUUAGGGAGACCGUAAUCGGAUUAAAUGCCUGCGUAUCUACGAGGUGCGAUCGGGACGGGAAUCGAUUCCGGUGGACCCACUACUGGUUUGUGAGCACCAUUAGGAGGCACAUUAAAAUAGUAAAACUAUCACGAUCUACAAUCCCUCCAACCCGAUCGCAGUAGCCCCAGCAGUUACGACAGCGCAAGGAAAUCUCCCUGGCAACGCCGGUAAUGUCCCCAAAACUGGCCUACUGAGUGGCCCCCGAUUGGUCGUUCUGCACCGGCACAAUGGCGACUUUGGUUUCACCCUGCGGCAUUUUAUCGUCUAUCCACCGCCAGAAGCAACUUCGGACCCCAACACUGACCGUUUAGCGGCGGCAGCCGGAAUGCCCAACUUUGCCCAACCGAUGGAUACCGUUUUCGUGAAGAAGGUGCACCCGAAUUCGCCGGCAUUUCUGGCCGGUCUGCAGGAGGGCGACCGAUUGCUGGCGGUGAAUGGCCUUUCGGUGGCGAGUCUACCGUACGCCCAGGUGGUAGCCACGAUCCAGCAAACGCCGAAAACCCUAACGCUGCAGGUGGUGCCGAAGAAUUAUGAUCUGCUGCAGACGUACUUCAGCGAUACGGCCUACAACCCGGAAACGAACCAGCGACCCCAACCGCAGCAGCUAUUUAUCCCGAAAGCAGCCUCAACGCCCAACUCGCGAACCAGCAUCGCAAGCGGAGGGCCACCGGCCGCCAGUAGUGUCGGGGUCAAGCGAGUCCUAACGGAUCAGGAAAAGCAGGAAUCUCUCUACAGUACGCUGCAGGAAAUCGUUGAAAAUGCUGCCGCCAGCAAGGCGAUUUAUGCCGAAGUACCCAAGAUUCGGUCGCCUCCGGUGGCGGCCGAAGCUCCCCAGCGUUCGGCCGCCGCCAAGCCUCUGGUGUUCGAUUUCGAUCCGGUUAAACAACAGCACUACCUGGCACAGCAGCAGCAGCAGCAGCAAAAGCUGCUGCAGCACGGACGAGACAGUGAUUCUAUUAGUUCGUACGAUUCGGUCAAAUCUGCCGCCACCCUUUCGGCCAACGAUGUCCAACUGAUGGGUGGAGGUGAUAGUGCAAUAAUGUCUCGCUUGCGAAAGAGCUUUGAACAGAAGGAGGAAUUCCUGAGGCGACCCGCACCGGUCACAGGUUCUGCCAAUGUUUCACAAUCUUCGGGGGCUGCUCCGUUCGAUGUGCAGCAGCGAGAAUUUUACGGACGUCCCAAUCGAUUGCAGAAAUCCGUUUGGCCUCCAAUACAGCAGCGACAACCUCCCCCCUCCAUAACUACCAUGCCUGUGAUAUCCUCCAACGAGCACCCCCAACAAGAUUCCUUAGCCAAACCAUCGAAAAUGUCCUCCGGGACGCAAACGGCGGUGGCAUCAGUCUCAAAUUCAAUCGCCGCUGGAAGCAACUUAACAACUGUGCGCGAGCAGCACUCGUCUCACCUGUCCGCGAUCCGGGAGCAAUUCUUCAGCGGAAUCAACGGAUUGGCACCCUUUUCGGAGGGUCCGCCCAAAUCGGCACCUCCUUCGCUGGCUUACCAGCAACAGCAACUAAGUGGGUCACAAUCGGCUCUCCCACUGUCACCGCAAAGUAUGCACGUCGUUUCCGAGAAGGCCAAACUGUUCGAAUCCGGACGGCCUCUCUCGCCCGACGGAAUCGACCGGGCCGAGCUGUACAAGAGUGAGCUCAGCCGGAUCAACACCAAACAGGUGGUGGCUAACGUGGCCGUACGGCGGAAAGAGUUUGAAUUGAAGGCGGAGAGUACCGGAUGGCGAAGGUCGACAGAAGAAAAACCACAUUCGGUUAGUUCGGAUUCCGACUCGCGUCGAACUCCCGUCCGAGUGCGAUCCCUAUCUGUCGAGUCGACCCACAAUAGGGAUCUCUCCGCUGCGGCAGCGGCGGCAACAAGUGGUAGCAGUGACGAUCAGCUGAUAAACAGCAAGGAAUCCGGCUCCGGCCACAGUCCGGGAACUUGUACCCUACUCCGACAGCGACCGGUUCGAGAAAACUCGUACCGUAAUGCAGUCCGUAACUCGACAGCAUUUUGGUUACAAGGACCGGCCACAUCGGGAGCUUUCGUACCGCCACCAUCGACACUGAUCAGUCCCCCGUCCUCAGCACCACCCACCCAAUCUCAUCCCUCGUUCCCGUUCUCACCUUCAUCCCUCAACCCUCCACCCAUUCUGGCCCCGGUUGCACCGGCUCGUACCUACGCGGCCGCACACCACCGACUGCAACCACUCUCCGAGGAACAAUUCCGGCUGAAGAUGCUCCACCGCAAUCAAACGAUCGUGGAAGUGCACAGCCAACCCACGGCGUCAGCCUUGGGCGAUGAGCCCCUCCUCGGGGCCAUCAGCAAUAGCAGUUCCGACGAGGGUGGUCUAGCUGGCAUGGUGGUCGCACGAGGACCGGCCGGUGUCGCCGCCGACGGUGAUGUAGAUAUGAAACCAGUUCCUUCCCCGUUCCUCCUGGCAGCGAUGCCGAAGACGACAACAACGCCGUCGACAGCGACGGUACCACCAUCGCAAGCAGUCCCAGUCCCAGCUUCGCCAUCCGUGGCUACUUCCGGUGUAACUGUUCCUACUAGCAGCAUUGGGGGCAUGAGUUGUCCAUCGUCUACGGGGGCACCGACGGCGGCUGUCCGGCCGACGACGUUGAAUUUGUGUUCAGACUCCAGCCAGGUUGUGCUCCGCCAGAAGCACCACCACCCCCAUCAUCAGCAGGUGGCGCCCGGCAACGGUGCACUCAACAUCGACGAAGAUGAGCGCAAAACUCGCCGGAUAUCGUACCUCCGGGCGACGGCCACCGAGAAUCUGUUCCAGAUGAUGGAGAGUAGCGACCCGUCGGAUAGCAGCCCGAUGUCGUUGCCGGCGGACACACCCGACACCGAGCCGGAGGGGGGCACCCUCGCUGACAUCGGGUUGCAGCAACAGCAGCAACAACAACAACAACUGCAGCCGCUGAAUUUGCAACCAUCGCAGCAGGCGUUGAGCUCCGCUGGACAGCAACCGCAGCAACUGAAAAGCCACAGUGCCAAGUCGAAAGCGCUGGCGCACUUCCGGGACUCGCCGGCGGAUCCCUCGGUGCCGGUGCUGCGCGAGGGCGAACUCAACAUCAAGGUGACGCUGAUCGACGGGAAGCGCUCGCAGGACCGCAGCUGGCGGACGGUGCACGCCGAGCUGCGGGGCAACCGGCUGCGGUUGACGUUGCUGCGCGACGCCGGGAAGGCGUCCACUCAGAGCCCCGAACCGUCCGGGAUAAUCGAUCUCACCAACUUCCACGUGGCCGAGGGUAACUACACCAAGCGGAAGAACGUCUUCAAGCUGACGACGGUUGGCUACCAGACGCAACACCAUCAGCAGCAGCACCAGCAGCAGCAGCACUCGCUCGGCAUCAUGGGAGGUGGUGGUCCGACGGCGGCCCAAUCGCACCAGCAUCUGGCGGUGCACCACACGCUGUCGGCCGGGCCGUCGUCCGGGUCGUCCUCGAUGUACAAGGGCUACGAGAGGGAGCUGCUGCUGCAGGCCGACUCGCACAACGACAUGCGCCUGUGGAUGGACUCGCUGCGGACCGUCUGCCGGAGCAGUCAGUACCUGAAUAGUAGUGACUACAUCAACAACCUGGGAGGUCAGCAGGCGGAGCCGCAACGGGUGGCCGCCCUAACCAGUGUGCAAUCGACGAGUAAUGACGAGUUUUCACCAGUUUUGUCGGCGAAAUCCCAUCGUAAGUAUGCGUUGGGGUCGAGGUCACCCUCGGGUCAAUCACCUGUCACUAAGAGUCGCAAGACUCCGCAUCAGAGUUCAGUGGCCGCAUUGACUCCGGUGGUCGUGUCCAGCAGCAACCAAUCGCACAGUGGAAAGGAGAGCUCCGACAAGGAAACCGGUUCACCCAAAUCCAAAACCUGGAAGGGCAUCGUGGCGCGGCAAUUCCGAAAGAUGCAAGGACAACCUGGGUCACCGGGUGCCCAAAAUGCGGAAAUGCUCCUACCGGAUGGAGCAUCCAUCAAUGUUCCCCUGCAGCUAUGUCCUCCGUCGGACGAAAAUCCAUACGUUCCGCUGCUUCUGGCCAAAUGUACGAACAUAGUCGAAUCCAAGGGACUCGGAGUAAUCGGAAUCUACCGGAUACCGGGCAAUACGGCAGCCAUAUCCCAACUCACGGAACAGGUCAACCGGGGCAUGGACGAGGUCACUAUCCGCGAUCCUAAGUGGGACGACGUCAACGUAGUUUCGUCCCUGCUCAAAUCAUUCAUUCGGAACCUGCCGGAACCGUUGCUCCCGAACGAAAUGUAUCAUAGCUUUAUCAACGCCGACAAACUGGCCGGCCAGCAAAGACUGAUCGAGCUGAAGCAGCUACUCCAUCGAAUCCCGUCGUACAACUACGAAACGCUGAAGCACCUGAUGCGUCACCUGAACAUCGUGUCCACCAACGCGCAGGUCAACCUGAUGGAUCCCCGAAAUCUGGCCAUCGUAUUCGGGCCGUCGGUGGUCCGGUCCGCGAACGAGUCGCUCGAGACGGCCGUCAAGGACAUGAAACACCAGUGCCAGAUCGUCGAGGUGCUCAUCAAUCACUAUUCCUACUUCUUCGAAGACGAUCUAUUGCCGAGUGUGGUGGAGAAACAGUCGACGACCACCGUCGAUUCCGGCUUGGACGUGCCGUCAGCGUCGCUGUUGCUGGAUAAUGUUUCUAAAAUUGAACCCUUCAAAGAAUCAUCCAAGGAGAGUAGCUCCCACUUUGUGGCUCAGAUCGUACAGGCGGCUAAUAGAAAGAUUCGAAGAACAGCACAGCGGAAGAGCACCAUGUCUUCUACGACGCCGGACACCCUCUCACUGGACAGUACAACGUCAGCGGAAUCGAAGGAACAGUCGUCCCGAUCAUCGUCCCAGCAGCAACAGCACCACCAGCACCAGCGGUAUUUGCAUCCGAGCAGUGCCGGUGCCGUUUGUGGAUCCAUCGUGGGUAGCAACAAUCUGUCACCGCCGGACCCUGCGGCCAGUCCGGGAGUGCACUCCGACGACAGCCAGAAGGAGAACGUGGUUUAUCAGCAGCAGCAGCACUUCUACCAGCAUCGCCAUCAUCAUCAGCAGCAGCAUCAAUAUCAGCAUCAUGUUCGGGGGGAUCCCGGCGGUGGCGGCGGCGGCAUCGGAGGGAAUCGACACCACAGCACGACCAGCCAGAGCAACGACGACAACUCAUCAGUAUUAAACCGGUCGUCCGAGGACGACUCGAACGAUAGUGCAUUUGCCGAUAAUGGUUCGAUGUCCCUGAAUACGGUCACGAUCGCGCUGGACAACAAGCUGCGCUCGUUGCGCAACUCUUCCAUCGAUUCCGACCGGGACGCGCUGGACACCACACUGGAGAGUGACUGCGACAACAGCAGCAGCUGCCACAGUGCGGCGGCCGCCCUCCAUGGAGCCAAUUCGACUCCGACGCGCCGCUCGGUGCACCACUCGCGUCCCCUCACGCUGGGCGAAAACAUUCCAUACGCGGACGAGUCUCCGGAGCGGCCGCUGAUUCAGACGCGUGCGAAACCACUGCGGCAGCAUAGCAACAAUAAUAACACUGGUAACUUCCCGAAAGGUACGGUCGACAGCUCGGCAAACAGCAAUCUGGUCAACAACAACAACAGCAACAGUAGUACGGGCCUGGCCAACGGGGACGAUUCGGUGAAGUCGGCCCAGUCGCAAAAGUCUAUUGACAGCGGCGGGACGACCACGAAUUCGAACGAAAGCUGCGUCACGCUGGUCAACGAAGAUGAAGACGAGGACGACAAAGUUAACAUCUCGAUAAGCUCGGACGACACGGAUACGUCCACGACGAGCAACCCGCGGGAAAAGUUGACUUCCACCUACCGAAUCGACACCGAGGUGCUGAAGAAGAUGAACCGCAUUCUGACCAACCUGGAACGGAAGGCCAAUAACCUGGAGCGUAAGUUCAACCUAAACAGGUCGCUUUCGCUGAACUAUAAAAAUCAUAAAAACCUGGAGUGCUGUUGUGGUCACGCUGUGCCUACUGCAACGACCACACCCGGAAGCGUGAUCCCCUGUUGCCACAACAACAACAACCUGCACAGCCAUCAGAACCAGAACAACAACAGUCUGAACAGCGUCAGCAUGAACAACAGUUUGAACGUGCGGACGCGUCUGAUGUUGACCAAGGACGAAAAGACCGACAAGAACAUCAACCGGCGGCGGCAGAUCCACGACGUCAGCCAAACGGUGCCGCCCCAUUCGCUGACCAGCGAGGGCGGCGGGGGUGUAUGCUGCGGCGGUACCGGUCCGCAGAUUAUCCUGACGCCGACGGCAAAUCCGUCGGCACCAAGUGGUGGCGGCGGACGAACGCGCCGGCAGAUGGGCAAUCGGUCGAUCAGGAGGAGACACACGGUGGGGGGAACGCACGAUUACUACUCGACGGGAACGGGGACGACGACGGCGGCGGGGAAUAAGCAUGCUGCGGGACAUAACGGGUGUCAGCAGCAGCAGCAGCAGCAGCAGAAUAUACAGCAACCGCAGGGUGCGACCAGAGUGAUAGGGGCUAGCGGAACCGGGGUGAUGGUGCCGCAGCAGGGGGUUUGUCGGGGUGAGGAGAAAUAGGCGGGAACGGUAGAUCAGCGGCGGUGUUUGGCCCCUUUUUUUAGAAGGAUUUAAAUGCUUUUUUUGUUUUUCGAUCAGUCAGCGUAGGAAGAAAGUAUUCCUAGCAAAGCUGACUAGGAGUUAUUGCGAGCAUAAUACUGUGCAAUACUCAAGAUGUCUUGAUUUAUUUUCUGUAGUUUGUAUCGAAAAAAUUGUAGUCUUAUCGUUCUUUUUGGUUGUUCAACGAUUUCUGAUAUUAUUUUUGAUAGAUGUUCUAAAAUUUCUUUAAAAGACAAUGUUUUCAACAUAUCCGUAUUUCUAAAUCGGAUGUAGACAAAAUUCAAACUAAAUAUUUUCGUUUCAAUAAAUGUCGAUUUAUCUAUCUUU